AUGUCAAAGUUUCACCAGCUACCACUGAGGGCGUACGUGGACGUAAAAGUCGACCCGGUGAUUUUCACGCACGCUCUCAAUAAGAACCACACGUCGAAUCUGUUCGUGAUCGCUCCAGACGACAAACGCGGCGCAAAUCCCUUUCAUUUCGCGCAAUCUGCCAUGUUCUUUUUUCACAGCGCUCUCAGGACGCUAGAGAAUUCGGAUAGCUCUUCUGUCGUGAUAAUUUUUAGACAGCGGCCGCCCGCUCAAAGUUGGAUUGAUAGUUUGACUCAGCAGAUCUUUGGCGACGUCAGGGUCGUUUAUGGUGACGAGUUGACAUCGCCUAUUUGUGCCAGAAGAGUUGUCGUCGCUGGAACUAUGAUAGGUUUACUUCAAGGCCCAUAUGACGCUCAAUUAUUUCGAGACCGAGUGUAUGGCAAUCUCAAAAUCAACCCGAAACGAAUAAACAGAGCGGAUUUGCGAGUGACACUGAUUGAUAGAAAGAAGAGACGUGUCACUAACGUAGGCGAAUUACAAGAAAUAUUGGAUGAGCGUCGACUUUGGUACAAAACUGUUCGGCUCGAUACGCUUUCUUUCAAGGAGCAAGUGUCCCUCAUGUCAGAAACAGACUUGCUCAUUUCAUCGCAUGGCGCCGAUCUUACGAACGUUAUAUUCAUGCAACGAGAAAGCGCAGUCAUUGAGCUCUUUCCUUCGACGGUUUGGUACUAUGAGCUCUACGCAAAAAUCGCACGGAACGCCGGAUUGUUCCACACGUACGCUCUCGGCGAUCAAACGCACGCCGUUACGAAGACCAUUGCGGAGUGCUUUGAAAGUGCCUGUCUGACCGAACUGAAACGCGACUUUAUGAUACCGCCUGAACGUUUUCGUACUUCUCUCGAUCACGCGCUCAGUCUCCUUGGAGUCGCCAACGCAGUCUAGUAGAUUGAUCCGCUUCGAGUUGCGGCAUUAGACACGACGUUCAGUGGCGGUCCAAAAGUCCCAACGCGCGUUCGUGCAAUCAUCAAAGUACGAGAAGCACGGGUGAGGAGGAAACGUGAUCGAGGAAGCUAAGCCGCUGUAAGUACUAUUCGAUCCAACAAUACACGAUGCUUGAGAUAGAACAUAAAGCUCAGCAAAAGUAUCCAUAUUCCCUUUUCGCAUACUCCGCUUGAAGACGCUCCAACUUCUGUCGAUGUGAAAAACAUUGGUACUGUGCACAGUGCGCACGC